CUUGGUGCUUUCGAGCGCAGCGUGCGGAGUGAUGCCCAGCCGGGCCAAGAGGCACCUUGAGCAGGUUCAUGGCCAUGCUGGCCCGCAGGUGGCCCUCGAGACACAAUCAGAGGGCCAGGCAGAGGGAAAUGCCCAGCGCUGCCCGCCGAGGACCGCCUCCAAGGCCGCUGAAGCCGUCUGCGUGCUGCGUGCUGCUGCUCUUCAGCCAUCAGAGGCCCCGCUCGACCUGCGCCCUCGUUCACUUUGCCGAUCGAUACGGCGCCAGCAUCGACUCGCGUGAUUAUCUGACUGGUCUUUCGCAUCGAGCUCCGUCAAAGCACCGUGAUCCUGCGACUCACCGCCAGCAUCUGACACCCCAUCGAUCUGCAGCCGACACGCAUUUGUCGUUAACGCUUUGGCUGACAGCAGCAAGCAGAACUCCCCAUCCACGUCGCUCCAUCGUAUCCUUUCGCUGCAAUGCUGGCCCCUCGACUCAAUGUCGAUGGACCCAGUCCGAACCGCACAAACCUAAGCUUGGGCUCCCAGAAAGAAAUUGCCUCUGGCCACCACAAGGCUAGUCACCGAUCCAGUAGCAAGCUCUCGGCGCAAGCCCAGACCAUCGACUUUCCCAAGCUGACGCUGUACGAAUGGCUGGUCUUCAAGCUCGACAUUCUCAUCCCCGAGGAGAGGCCAAACUCGAUGAUGGUACCACACGAUUGUCACCUCCAAAAGGUCAAGUACAGCCGCAAGAAAUGGCGCUGGCGAAUUGUCCGCAACUCGGACGCCAGCCUGCCCGAGUACCUGACCGACCACCGCGAUGACAGCGAAUACGACGUCAUUUCCCCUGAGACGGGCUCGUUCCUGCCCGUCGUCGACAUCCAGGGCAAGUUUAUCAAGAAAUGGGACGCGCUUGGACUGCUGCUGCUCUUGUUCACAGCAUCGGUGACGCCGUUCGAAACAGCCUUCCUCUCCCAGCAGCCCGGACAGCCCUUCCAGUUCGAUAUUCUCUUCCUCGUCGACAGCAUCGUCGACUUUAUCUUCUUUUGUGACAUUUUGAUUCAGAUGCGCACCCCGUAUCGCCACAAGCAGACCGGCAAGAUCAUCCGGUCCGAGUUUGGCAUGUUCUGGAACUACUUUACCGGAUGGUUCUCCAUCGACUUGGUCUCCACACUUCCGUGGGAGCUGCUUUCGCUUGUGAACCAGAGCGGCGGCAAUCUGCCCGUCAGCCAGCUCCGAUUGCUGCGAUUCUUGCGUCUGACGAGGCUACUCAAGCUGCUCCGUGUCAUGCGCGCGAACCGAAAGCUCAGCCAGUGGAAAGCGCAGAUCAAUCUUCGAUAUGUAACCAUUCAGAUCCUGCAGUGGUGCAUCAUCAUGACCUUUAUCAUGCAUUGGAUCGCCUGUGGAUAUCGCCUCGCUGCGGAGCGGAACGACACCUCGGCGACCAGCACCGAUCCCUUGGGGUGGCACGAACUCUAUGCCGCCUCCCAGAACACCACCGUCGACGCCAUCUCCAUCUGGCUGCUCUACAUCAUGGCGCUCUCGUGGUCGGCCGGGACGGUCAGCCUGGUCGGAAACAGCGUCCCGGUGAUGCAGCCCACCAACGACCGCGAGUGGGGAUACAGCGUCUUUGCCUUCUUCAUCUCGUAUCUCCUCGCGGUGUGGUCGAUUGCCACAAUCUCGGAUGUGCUGUCGCUCAGCAACCGAAGCCAGAGGACCCACGAUCUCCAUGUGGACCAGUAUCUCGAGAUGUUUGACCGACUCAAGCUCGAGCCGCGGCUCAAGAUCAAGGUGUACGAGUACCUCUCGGACCACUAUGCCAGCAAGCACAGCACCCGAUACACCGAGCUCCUGCAGGACCUGCCGCCUCAGCUGCACGGGUUCAUCACGAUGGAGGUGUUUGUGUCGUUCAUUGCCGACAUUCCGUUCCUGGAGCCGUUCAUUGACCGAGAGCCUGCACUGGCGCAGGACCUGUGCAGGUCGAUCGAGAUCCGGUCGGUGUCGGCCAACAGCCACCUGUUCACGGAGGGCUACGAGGGCAUCUACCUGCUGAAGAGCGGGAUAGUGGCGAUCGAGGGACGGGUGUAUCCGAGUGGAUCCAUCUUUGGCCGUACCUGUCUCCGAGAAAAGAUAAAGUCCAACGAGUGUCGGGCCCUCACCAACAUCACCGUCCAUCUCCUCAAGCGCGACGUCCUGGUCUCGGUGCUGGACAAGUGGCCCAAGAUCAAGUACUAUGCCAAGCGGUGGACGGCCUGGCAGGUGCUUCGGCGGUACAUCUACACAUACACCCGGCUCUACUACAUGGCGGCACGGCGUGGGGCACGGAUGCAGCCGCCGCUGGUCUCGCAGCGGCCCAACAUGCGCGAGGGCGAGCUGGACGACAUCGACAUUGCUGUUCUCGAGCACAUCGAGGAGUUUGGCUUCUGAGGGUCAUCA